AUGAAAAGCAACGAUGUCGCAAAUCGCAAAGCCGUUGGGAGUGACUCGUAUAGAGUCAACUCAACACCGGAAACCCCAAGGCCUGAGCCAAAGUCUCAACAGCUUCGUCUUCGAGAACUUGAAUUGGAUCAAGUACGGGAACAUUUUCUGCUGAGAGAAACGUGCCUCACUAAUCAAACUUUAAUGCGAUUUGAGCUUAAACCAAGCGACCCUGACUUUCCAUAUGAGAUAGAGGCUCUAGAUUGCGAAAUAUCUGUUCCUACUACUUAUCCUCAAAGCAGGCCCGGCUUAAAAGUUUUAAACAAGGAGAUUCCUCGAGGAUUUGUCCUAAAUUUAGAGAUUGGAUUCCAGAGUAUAGCACAAGAAAUGUUUCAUGCAACAGUAGUGGAAAUUUUAGGAGCCUUCGACAAACGUCUUGAAGCUCUGCUAUCUGCUCCUGAACAGGAAGCUUUAAAGUUUAUUUCAAAUCACGAUAGGCGCCAUUUAUCUAUUCCAUCAAAGUCUUCAAAUUCCUCUACCAUCUCUAUCCCAUGUAAUCAUGUUGAUCAAUUAAUUGUAGUAUCAUCUGUAAAGCAGAGUUCUAAUCCCCAUCCUUGCGAAGAAUGGCAGACUUUUACGACUGAGCAGAAACUAGAAGCAUUCGGACGAAGAGAAAGUGAAAGGAAAAAAUUGGAGGCACGAAUGGGACGCCUCCCAUUGUAUAAAAAGUCGACCGAUGGUUGUAGUUACACGAUUCCGGUUGAGCCAAGAAAACGAAUGGAACUACCUAAACCCUUACAGAAUAUCAAAACCUUGCAAUUGGUGGUGCCAUCCUUAUAUCCACUCGAGCCUUGUAAGAUCCAGUUUGAUGGGAUUGAUGCAAAAGAGGCGAGAAACGCCGAAACUGGGUUUCUUCAGAGAUCAAAGCAUCAAAAAGAUCUAAGCCUAAUGGGUCACGUUGAGUAUAUUGCACAAAAUUUGAACAUCCUUGCGAAAACAUUAUGGCAGGUGGAUUCAGCAACCACAUUACUUUCACCUUUGGAAACAGAAAAAAAAGUAGAUGAUCAAGAGGAUAACGGCAGAGGAUGCCGGAAAGCUCUGCAAACUGAUCGACCUCCCGAGUGGGCAUUGCUAGAUUCUACAGCUUUAGAUCCUAUACGUGGUGUAGAAUUAAACAGAGCUUACUCGUACGACUCAGAAGAUAUAAGUUCAGGUGAGGAUGAAAAAAUACUCGAUAUCAAACAGGUAAACGACUCACAAGUAACAUUAAAUCAAGAAAGAGGAACUGCAAUUAUAUUCCCGUUCAUUGAAUUCAAUGGGAUCGAGCUUCUUGAACUCCUAAUCCUGGAAAUAACUAUCAAAUGUGUGAGAUGCAAGGUUACGACAGAAGUUAAAGAGUUAAAAGACUGUAUGACUAAGAAAAUAAGUUGUAAAAAAUGUAAGCAGUGUUUGGCUGUUAGAUACAGGAAAAAUAUCAUGCAUAAGAAAAAUGAUCGAGCGGGUUUCCUAGAUCUACAGGCCUGCACCGUAGACCACAUUUUACCUAGUCAUUUCUUACCUACAUGUGCUCAAUGCUUGACUCCUUACACUGGACAAGCUAUUGUAUCCGUACCCGGCGAGAAAGUAUCGAACAUAUGUCACAAUUGUCAUCAAAAAUUCACUUUUAAAUUUCCUUCAGUUAGAUUCCUUCGUAUAUCAUUGGAGGCUUCAUUAAUAAACCCUAACGAUUUAAAUAAUGGCUCGAUAUCUCGUCAUAUAAACGAGUCUCAGGGUCUAAUCGCUGGCACUGAAUUACCUUUACGAGGCUGCUGCCGACAUUAUUCAAAGUCAUUUCGCUGGUUCCGCUUUAGCUGCUGCCAGAAAAUAUAUGCUUGUGACAAGUGUCAUGAUGAAGCUGAGCAACAUUUUAAUGAGUGGGCUAAUCGAAUGGUUUGUGGAUGGUGCAGCCGUGAGCAAUAUUUUAACCCGGAAGAAUGUCGAAUUUGCCGUAGAAUUCUUCUUUUAAAGCGAGGGAAUGGGGGUUUUUGGGAGGGUGGGAAGGGAACGAGAGAUAAGACUAAAAUGAAUAAAAAUGAUAAACGAAAAUAUCGACAUCCAGGUGGGAGCUCUAAACCCAACUCGUAA